AUGGCCUUCACUUUCGCUGCUUUCUGCUACAUGCUGUCGUUGGUGCUGUGCGCUGCGCUCAUUUUCUUCGCCAUCUGGCACAUAAUCGCCUUUGAUGAGUUAAGGACGGAUUUUAAGAGUCCCAUAGACCAGUGCAACCCUGUUCAUGCGAGGGAACGGCUGAGGAACAUUGAACGUAUCUGCUUCCUUCUGCGAAAGCUGGUGCUGCCAGAAUAUUCCAUCCACAGCCUCUUCUGCAUCAUGUUCCUGUGCGCACAGGAGUGGCUCACCCUGGGGCUGAACGUUCCUCUCCUUUUCUAUCACUUCUGGAGGUAUUUCCAUUGCCCAGCAGAUAGUUCAGAGCUAGCCUACGACCCACCGGUGGUCAUGAAUGCAGACACCCUGAGUUACUGUCAGAAGGAGGCCUGGUGCAAGCUGGCCUUCUAUCUCCUCUCCUUCUUCUACUACCUUUACUGCAUGAUCUACACUUUAGUGAGCUCUUAACUCAAAGACCACAGGUGUCGUCCUUGACUGGGACGGAAGAAGCCACGGCUGAGAAAUGCAGUUUCGCUGGUGGAUGGAGGCAGGACCCAGAGUGGGGAUGAGGGAGAAGGAGACCCAGUAGGCAGUUGGACUGAAUCGGAAACUGAGAUGGUGCGCGGCCAGAGGGCUGAACUAAUUGUGCCUCUGUUGUUGCCCUGUGUCCCAUAGUCUUUGGCGUUCCAAAUCCUACACGCAGGUUGUAUGCCCCUUCUGAGCCAGGGGUGGGGGAGAGGUGAUGAAACUCUCCUGAGUGGGAAUUGCUGCUUAUUGAAUCCACGUCGUCGGACAGCUCCCUGCAAUUCACCCUGUGUUCCGUGAGAGUGGAGGCCCGGAGGCCAGAAGAUGCCUGUUCAGGAACAG